AUGUUCACCCAACAUAAAAACCAGGAAAUAAGUCAUAUUUAUGAGAGAAACAAUGAAGCGACACUUUAUAUAGCAAAUUUGGAUGCACAAGUUGACGAAGAAAUAUUAUGUGAACUUUUUAUGCAAUGUGGGAAUGUAAAAAAUGUCCAUAUUCCUCGAGAUAAGAUAAAUGGAUAUCAUGCAGGGUACGGAUUUGUAGAGUAUGAAUACGAAUAUGAGUGCGAAUAUGCAGCAAAUAUUUUAAAUAUGACCAAGUUAUUUGGGAAAGCAUUAAGAUGUAACAAAGCAACUCAAGAUAAGAGAUCUUUUGAUGUGGGAGCAAAUUUAUUUAUAGGAAAUUUAGAUGACGAAGUAGAUGAGAAAAUGCUAUUUGAUAUUUUUUCAUCAUUUGGUCAAAUAAUGACAGUAAAAGUUAUGAGGAAUGAAGAUGAUACAUCUAAAGGUCAUGGAUUUAUUUCUUAUGAUAAUUUUGAAUCAAGUGAUUUAGCCAUAGAAAAUAUGAAUAAUCAAUUUAUAUGUAAUAAAAAGGUACAUAUAUCAUAUGCCUUUAAAAAAGAUAGUAAAGGAGAAAGACAUGGAACAGCAGCUGAAAGAUUUAUAGCAGCUAAUAAAGCUUUAAAUUUAUAUCCAUUAAAUGAAAAUAAUAAUAAUAAUAAUGUUAAUCCAUCACCAUUUACAUCAUCAAAUGAUAUUCCAUUAAAUAAUAAUACAACAUUAAAUCUUACGAAUAAUGUAUAUUUAAAUAAUACAAUAAUAACAAAUAAUAUUAUACCUAAAUUAUCAAAUGAUACAAUAUCUCCAAUUAUGAAUAAUUUCUAUCCUCCUAAUCCUCAUCAACCAACUUCAUCAAAUUAUUUACAGGCGCAAGUAGGACAUCCUACAAAUAUUCCUAUGAAUGCUAGAGGAAGUACUUCUUUUAUGAUACCUCCAAAAAUUAAUAAUAGAAUUGGGAAUGUUUUACCAUCUAACAUAUCAUCUAACUUACCACCUAAUAUGCCACCUAAUUUUCCACCUAAUCUACCACCUAAUAUGCUACCUACUUUACCACCUACUUUACCACCUAAUCUACCACCUAAUAUGCCACCUACUUUACCACCUACUUUACCACCUAAUUUUCCACCUACUUUACCACCUAAUUUUCCACCUACUUUACCACCCAACUUUCCACCUACUUUACCACCCAACUUUCCUCCUGGAUUUCCACCAAAUUUACCUCCUGGAUUUCCACCAAACUUACCUCCUAAUUUCCCACCUACAUUACCACCUAAUAUACCUCCAGGCUUUCCCCCCAAUAUCCCUCCCAACCUACCGCCUAAUAUUCCAUCAUGUUCUGAAAUUAACUUAAAUACAAAAGGCGAGAACAAGGAGAAUACAAGCGAUUAA